AUGAUUACCCUUAUAUGUAUUGCAAGCAUCAAUCUGGCUUUGAUUUCCAUAGCCAGACCCAUGUUUAUGGUGGCUAUAUUGACAUUAAAAAAAAAAUCAUUUUCAUCUCCAAAUAUUGUUGAGACUACUAUUUCUAUCAAUUCUAAUGUGAACUUUCAUCAUUUCAUUCUAUUCUAAUUAGACAAGUAAGAAAUUUCGUUUUUAUUUUGUGCCAAAAAAGAAAAUAUCUUCGAGCGAAUAUUCAUCUGUGAAUUUACUCUAUAAAUUAGGAAGGUUAAAAAAGAUAUUGCUAUAGCAUAUAGUGCAUAUAAAUUUUUCACCUACUAUGUUUUAUGUUAAAAUUCUACAGGCUAAGGUAAUUCAUAUGGGAUUUGUUUUAUUUGA